AUGCCCACUGGUCGCCUGAAAUCUGCCAACAAGCAGUUCAAAACGCUAGGCAUGCCGAAGUUGAAGAGUCAAGUUCUGGAAAUCGUGCCGGGAGACUUUGUGAGCAUUCGCGGAGACAAGGAAAGGAAGCUCCAUGAGGUGUUCCUGGUGAACAAGAUCACGAACAGGGUGGUGCUCAAGCGGGAGCUCAAGACGUCAGCACGACAGGACAAACGGCCGUCCGGCAAGUCCGUGCCGUACUCGCAGUGCCAGCUCUACGUCGGCGAGUAUGAAUACCCUCCAGAGGAAGGAGAGACGGAAACAAAAUUCCAAAAGGUGUUUGCGACGCGUCUCAACAAAUCCGCACCGAAGCUGAACUAUGUGAAUGGUCGCUGGGAGUGGACUCGCUUUGCCGUCAACACCGUCCCACGUCUCCCUGACUACUCGCCGGAGACGUAUGAGCCUGUUGCGAUCCCAUGGCCUACCGAACCAGACGUCCUUAAGCCUGAUCCCGGCAUCUACGAUACCACGGCCGACGCGGUGAACGAAGUCACCUACUCCCUCCCGUCAUCCCUCCUCUCGGCGCGCCUGCUCCCCGGAUCGCGUCCGAGCAGGAUGCACGUGCACAAGGAGCUCGCGAACCCGCACGCGCGCGCGAAGAAAAUGGCGCGCUACACUGCGUUCGUCACCCGCCGCAAGGCGCUCCUCGAGGAGAUGAUCCAGAAAGAGUACGCGAACCUCAACGGCCGGUCCAAGCCCGCCGCUCGCGCGGACGCGAUCUUCAGGUGGCACCAGCACGUCGCGGAGGAGCGCCAGGCGCAGCGCAAACAGCGCUGGCGGAAGCGCGGCGGGGAGGCGCGCCUGGAGCGCAGGCGGGAGAGGAAGACGCGGAAGGCGGCACGGACGAACGAGAAGCUGCGCUCGCUCGUGCUCGAUGAGGCGCAGAACCAGGUUAUCCCUGGGUCGGGCUUGGGGAAGCGAGCGUAG